AUGGCCGACCAGCAGUUGAAAUGGAAGAUCCCGGAGAAGCGAGACUUCCUCGGUGGUGACCUGGUGGCGCAGAGCCUGGCGCAGCUGGGCGUCGAGGUCUCGUUUGGUCUGCACGGCGGCCAUCUCGACGCCUUCUUGAUCGGCUGUCAACUGGCCGGCAUCAGACUCAUCGACAGCCGGCACGAGACCACCGCCGUCCAGGCGGCCGAGGGAUAUGCCAAACUCUCGGGCAAAGUGGGAUGCUGCUUCGUGACUGCCAACAGCGGGUUCGCCAACUCUCUCCCAGGUCUCGCCACCGCGUUUGCGGACCGCUCGCCCAUCUUCAUGGUGACAUCGUCGCCGCCGCUGCGCGAGGCCGAGACGAACUCCCUGCAGGGGUUCCACGACCAGGUGGUCCUGGCCAAGCCGCUGACCAAGUUCGCGCACCGGGUGACGACGGUGGAGGAGAUCCCGCGCAUCGUCAGCUACGCGUUCAAGACGGCCAUGUCGGGCAUUCCAGGCCCCGUGGUGGUCGACUUCCCCAUCGACAUCCUGUUCCACCCGCCGCGCAUGAACGCGCUGUCCUACGGCUCGGUCAUGCGCCCGACGGCGGUGUCGCCAGCCCCGGACCCGGCCGCGGUCGACGAGCUGCUCGCGCUCUGGAAGGCGGCCAGCCGGCCAGCCAUCGUGGUGGGCACGGGCGCCGCGCGCACCACGGACCGCAACGCCCCCAAGACCAGCCCCCUGCUGCGGCUGGCCGAGGCGACCAACACGCCCGUCUUCUACUCGCAGAAGUACAGCCCUGCGAUCCCCUUCGACCACCCGCUCCGGGGCGGCAACUCGGGUGCGCUGGCCCGGGUGCGCUUCGCCCAGGGCCAGCAGGCCGACUUUGUGCUGCUGCUGGGCGCGCGCACGGGGUUCCUGCUGGGCGGGCGGUCGGGCGCCAUCGUGCCCAACUCGGGCUGCAAGCUGGUCCAGGUCGACCUGGACGGCGGCGAGAUCGGCAGGUCGCACGCGGUGGACCUGGGGAUCGUGGCGGACGCGACCAAGUUCAUCGCCGCGGUGCUGGACAAGGUGCAGCACGACAGCGGCAGCGGCAGCAACCCGCUGGGCCAGAACAAGCACGAGGCCUGGCUCGAGGCGAUCCACGCCGUCAAGACCAUGAAGACGCAGUACGCCGCGGACGCGGUCGUGCGGCCCGACGGGCGCCUGCACCCGUACUUCGCGAUGCAGGCCAUCAUGGAGUCGCUGCCGGCGGACGCCAUCGUCAUCAUGGACGGCGGCGAGGCCGGCGUGUGGGCGAUGGAGCACCUGGAGCGCGCGCGCCCGGCCACCGCGCUGGUGGCGACGGGCUACCUGGGCUUCCUGGGCAACGGCUGGGGGUACUCGAUGGGCGCGGCGCUGGCAUGCCCGGACCGGCUGGUGGUCAACCUGCACGGCGACGGCAGCGCGGGCUUCCACAUCCAGGAGCUGGACACGUACGCGCGCCACCACCUCCGCAUCGUCACCGUCGUCUUCAACAACUUCUUCUGGGGCAUGUCCGUCGCGGGCCAGGACCUGCUGUACGCCGACGCCGACCCCACGCGCGCCGUCUCCAGCCUGUCCCCCAGCUGCCGCUACGACCUCGUCGCCCAGGGCUUCAACUGCCAGGGCGCCAUCGCGCAGGCGUCGCUCGACGAGGUCCGCGCCGGCGUCCGCGCCCUCACCGCCCAGGACCGGCCCGGCCUGCUCAACUGCAUCGUCUCGCGCGACCCCGUCACCGAGGUCACCAAGAGCAUGGUCGGCAAGACCGACGACAAGAACUGGAUCGUCGUCCCCUACUACGACAACGUGCCCAGGCCGUACUACCGCGAGCAGGGUAGUGACGACAAGAACGGCAAUGGCGUUGCCAACGGGCAUUGAGAGCGCGAGAGGCAGCAGAAAAAGGACAAGGCAAAAACAGAGAAUCCACCAAAAAUCGGAAAGCCGUAAUGACGAAACCUGUGGAGGGGGUGUGACUGACUUGCUUAUACAUACCAAGUCUUGUCGGAAAUAGAGGCUGCAGGUUGAGGACGAAUCAUGCGGACGAGGCUGAGCAUGCAAGGGGGCUUUGGAGGAGAGAUGAGGCUUUUGUUUGGAUUCAAGUACUCCCUAUAUCCCUCGCUAUGCGAC